UCGCAGGUUGCCUAUAAGUGAAUGUCUCUGAAAUAUAAAGUACUCCCAGAAUAUGGCCAGAUAUCUACAAAAUUAUAAAUCAAAUAAUGUAGUUAUUUGUUGAUGUAUUAAAUUAUUUCAUAUAUAAUAGAAAUACUUAAGUUUAUAAGGACAAUGGAAUUUGCUGAUCAUAUUGGAACCCCCAAAUUGGAUGGUGUUAUUUUACACAGUCCUUUCCAUGAACCAGUUGAUGGUACAUUAUGUGUCUCCGGACAUCAUCUAAUUUUAUCUUCAAGGAAAGAGGAUGUGGAGGAACUUUGGUUGCUUCAUCAAUGUAUUGAUUCUGUGGAGAAACGUCCGAAUGGUACCAAUUCUAAUAAUCAGAAUGGUGGAUCUUUAAUAUUGAAAUGUAAAGAUUUGAGAAUACUGCAGUUGGAUAUUGCGACCACGGAAGAAUUUUUAAAUGUGUACGCGUCUAUUGAGAGGCUUUCAAAUCUGGACAAUGCGAGCAACCUGUAUCCUUUCUUCUUUAGGCCUAUGUACAGCAUUCUGGAGGAUGGACAUACGCUGUUUAAGCCUGAAUUGGAGUUUUCGAAGUUGCUGGCUUCAGAUGAGUGGAGAAUAACGAAUGUAAAUAAGAAUUAUUAUGUUUGUCCAACAUACAGUUCGACUAUAAUCGUGCCGAAGAGUAUUGACGAUGAGACAAUAAUGGCUGCAGCGAAUUUUCGGGACGGUGGACGAUUCCCAGUGUUGAGUUACAGACACGACAAUGGUGCUGUACUAAUGAGAAGCAGCCAACCGUUGCUCAAUAACUGUAAUCGAAGGUGCAGGGCGGACGAGAAGAUUUUAAAUCAGGUUCUGGGAAUGAACAAAAAAGGGUAUAUAAUCGAUACUAGGUCAAACAAUUUGACCAGUCAUUGCAAAGCCAAAGGGGGAGGAACCGAGCCCGAAGGCCAUUACACCCAAUGGCGACGAACCCACAGAGGUUUAGACAAAAUAGCCAACUGCACUGGCGCUUUAUUAGAUUGCUUCCAGAAAUUCAUGGAUGCAUGUAAUGAUACCGGCUGCUCUCCUGAUAAGUGGGUUUCUCGGGUGGAACGGAGUAAUUGGUUAAGUCACGUUCAAAAUGCUCUGAAUGCGGCUUGCUUGGUAGCCCAAUGUUUGGACCAAGAGGGCGCUUCCGUCCUAGUUCAUGGCUCCAGCGGUUUAGAUUCAACUUUACUGGUCACAUCCAUUGCACAAGUAAUUCUGAAUCCAGAUUGCAGGACUGUCAGAGGCCUUCAAGCUUUGAUCGAAAGGGAAUGGUUGCAAGCCGGGCAUCCAUUUCAAAUGCGCCACGGAAAAUUCUGCUACUCCAAUGCUCGCAACAAGAACCAACAACCGACUUUCUUACUAUUCCUUGACUGCGUACAACAACUGCACUAUCAAUUCCCGUGCAGUUUCGAGUUCACAACUCAAAUGUUGAUUAUUCUCUUCGAACAUUCCUAUGCCAGUCAAUUUGGUACUUUUCUUGGUAACUGCGAUAGGGAGAGGGAAAAACUGGAGGUGGCCAAAGGCACGACUAGCCUCUGGUCUUACUUGAACAGACCAAACAUACUUACUUCAAUCUUAAAUCCGCUCUACGAACCUAAUAAAACUGCGAUAUGGCCUUCCGUUGCACCGGUCAGUCUAAAUUUGUGGACGGAAUUCUACCACAGAUGGAUCGUCGAUCAGAGCCAAUACAAAAAGGCUAUGACAAAAAUGCACGGUCUAAUUGAAAAUGACAAAAACGUCCGCAGUAAAGUCGUGAAGUAUCGAAAGCAAUUGGCCGACCUGCAAAAGGAAUACGACAAUUUUUUGGACGAAAACGAUGGAUCUGAGAGUGGUUAAUGUCAAUUAUGGUAGAUACUUGAAUUUUCUAGUCAAGGUUUUCGCUACUUAAA